CGCAGAGUCGCGAGUCGGCUAGGAGCGCGCUGUCCGCCCAGUCCCCGCGUCCCCGGAUCCACCGUGGCCAUGGCCAGCGAAGAGCUGGCGAGCAAGCUGCAGCGGCGACUGCAGUGGGAGGAGGGGGACUGCGGGCUCCAGCCUGCGCUCCAAGCCACCCCAGUCCCCGAGCCCCAGCCGCAGCCACCCGCUAGGGCGCCCACCGCCAGAGCCGACGCCGAGCUGAGCGCGCAGCUGAACCGACGGCUGGACAUCAACGAGGGCGCGGCGCGACCCCGCCGCUGCAAGGUCUUCCACCCCUACUCCGAGUUCCCGGAGUUCAGCCGCCGCCUCAUCAAGGACCUGGAGAGCAUGUUCAAACUGUACGAUGCCGGAAGGGAUGGCUUCAUUGACUUGAUGGAACUGAAGCUGAUGAUGGAGAAGCUGGGGGCCCCCCAGACCCACCUGGGCCUGAAGAGCAUGAUCAAGGAGGUGGACGAGGACUUUGAUGGCAAACUCAGCUUCCGUGAGUUCCUGCUCAUAUUCCACAAGGCUGCAGCCGGGGAACUGCAAGAGGACAGCGGGCUGAUGGCGCUGGCGAAGCUUUCUGAGAUCGAUGUUGCCCUGGAGGGCGUCAGAGGUGCCAAGGACUUCUUUGAAGCCAAGGUCCAAGCCUUGUCCUCUGCCAGCAAGUUUGAAGCGGAGCUAAAAGCAGAGCAAGAUGAGCGGAAGCAGGCUGAAGAGAAGAAGAGGCUCCGCCAGGCAGCCUUCCGGGAGCUCAAGGCCACUUUCAGUACCUAGCUGGGCUGACCUUGACCUCUGUCCACAGCUGUGCCUCACAGAUGCCCUGGGGAGAGCUGGCCCGGCAUCCUCACCCCUGCUGACCCUUUGCCCCAACCAGCCUCCACAGCCGCCGCCCAGUGCAAACUCCUUAGCCUCACAGAGGUGGCAGGGGGCGGCUCUCAUCCCCAUUUCAGAGCCCCUGCCAGAGGGUCCAACUGCCCUGCUCAAGUCUCUGUCCUGUUCCCCUUCCUCUGCCCUUCUCUGUAGCUAGAAUGUGCCUCUUACUUGGUAACCUUUACUUUUUCCUUGUCUCUUUCCCCCUCCAUAUCAAAGAGUGGUCCUCUGUGUUAAUUUGUAUAGAUACUCUUUCUUUAGUGGUCCUCAGAGGAGAUAGUCCCUUGAAGCCUAUGAUGUUAAUAUUGCCCAUUUUCUUGAAUAAUCCUUUUCUUUGCCUCUUCCCGUCAUGCCCCUCUCUGCUUUGCUUCCCCAUCCAGCUUCCCUGUUCUCAUUCUCAGCCUGAUCCUGCCAGGCACUUUUGCAUCUUCUGUCCUUUGAUGAUGGUGAGGUUUAAGGCAGGCCCGGCUGGACCACUCCAUGUCCCCUCUCCAAUAGGGGGCAUGACAUGCUGCUGAGAUGACACAAAAUAGUGAAAAGACAGGAGAUUCUCUUCUUUCCCAUCACCUUUCUCCUGUCCUCUUAGCAUUCCCCCUAGAUCCAUCCUUUUCAUCCCCUUCCCACUUCAGCCUUUUUUUCCUACUCUUAAAUACUGUGCUACUUAACUAUAAGAAUGAAAGAAUGAUUAUAAGUGAUAUUAAUGAGCAGAAGAAUUCCUAUUAACUCUGACUUUAUGCAAAUUAUAUUACAGUAGACUCCUGACAUUCCCAAGUGACAAAUCCAGAGCCUUUCAAAACCCCAAAAGUCAUGACCAUCCUUGCCAUCUAGCCAGUUUCCAACAUCUGCUCUAAGGUGCUGAGGUGAAGCUGUUCUUCAGCACAAAUUUUUAUAUGUUAUGAGAUCUUGGGAUUGCUCAAAUAUCAGGGGUUUGUUGUAUUUUAUAAAAGAAUUUUUAGCAUCAUAUUUAUUACUUCUCUUUUUUAACUGCUGUCUACAAUAAAGAAAACAUCUGCCUUUUUACCUUACAGCUGUCCUUUUUAAAUAAACGAUGCAAAUGAACUUUGCCAUCA